CCCCCCUCUCCUUCGUUUUGCGUCCGGUUCCGUCAUCUCGCCUUCGCGGAGCGGAGCUCGCGCAAGAGGCACGUGCGCUUUUGAAUGGAGCUGGUCGCUGGCUGUUACGAGCAGGUGCUGUUUGGGUUCACUGUACAGCCGGAGCGCAAGGCGAGCGGCGACCACGAGCAGAAAUGGACUGCGGUCGCUCACUUCACUCACCACGCCCACACCGCCUCCUUGUCAGCAGUGGCUGUGAACAGUCGUUUUGUAGUCACUGGGAGCAAAGAUGAAACGAUUCACAUUUACGACAUGAGAAAGAAGAUAGAGCACGGGGCUCUGGUGCAUCACAAUGGAACAAUUACUUGCCUGAAAUUCCAUGGCAGCAGGCACUUAAUCAGUGGGGCGGAGGAUGGACUCAUCUGUGUCUGGGAUGCGAAGAAGUGGGAGUGCCUGAAGUCAAUUAAAGCUCACAAGGGACAUGUGACCUUCCUCUCCAUUCACCCCUCUGGCAAGUUGGCCCUGUCUGUAGGUACAGAUAAGACAUUAAGAACAUGGAAUCUUGUGGAGGGAAGAUCAGCAUUCAUAAAAAAUAUAAAACAAAAUGCUCAUAUAGUGGAAUGGUCCCCUAAGGGAGAGAAGUACAUAGUUGUCAUAUUGAAUAAAAUAGACGUCUACCAGCUCAACACCGCGUCUGUUAGUGGCACCAUCACAAAUGAAAAGAGAAUUUCUGCUGUCACAUUUCUUUCAGACUCUGUCCUGGCAGUGGCUGGAGAUGAAGAAAUUAUCAGGUUUUUUGACUGUGAUUCGCUAACAUGCCUCUGUGAAUUUAAAGCUCAUGAAAACAGGGUAAAAGACAUGUUCAGUUUUGAAACUCCAGAGCAUCAUGUUGUUGUUACAGCAUCGAGUGAUGGCUUCAUCAAAAUGUGGAAGCUAAAGCAGGAUAAGAAAGCACCCCCGUCUUUACUCUGUGAAGUGAACACCAGUGCCAGGCUGACCUGUCUUGGAGUGUGGCUGGACACUGUGAUGGAGGCUAAAGAAAGCCUGCCUCCAGCAACAGAGCCGUCUCCUGUAGGUAAAGAAGAACAGUCCAGAAUCAACAAAAAGGAGCCUGGUGAUGUAGUGCAGGAAGGAGCAGCACAAGCAAAACCUCUCGUAAAGAAACGUGGUUUAACUGGUAACCGUAAUAAGGCAGCAAAAGGAAAUAGCCUGGUGUUGACCAAGAAGAGGAAAAUGGUAGAAAUGUUGGAAAAGAAGAAGAGGAAAAAAAAGAAAACAGAACUGAUGCAGUGAAACCCAGGUCUCUCCUUCUUAAGAGAACUUUUUUUUAGGUGGAAACCUACUUUUCAAAUAUUAUACCCAAGUAUUUUUUUUUUUUUUUCUGAUUAACUAAGGAAUUUUUAAUGGAGAAAAUGUACAGCUUUAAGAACCACUUUUAGGUAUUUUUUUUAACAAUAGUAAAAUUAUUUUGGGCAGGCAGCAUUUUAUUAUAUAUCAUUGUUGUAUGUGUUAAUAUGUAAUAUAUAAUUUUUACUGUUGUGUGAAAGCAAAGACCUUUCUUGAAAUAUUGUCAUCUAAAAUAAUAAAAAAACUUUAAUAUUCUUUA